AUGGCGCGCACCGCAUUCGAAGAGUUAAGGGUUCAGCUGCGAACGUUAAGGUGGCUUGGAGUCCUGCGAUUCACUAUCGACUUUAAGAAAUGCUUAGUACAGAAUAAUGCUUCUGAAGAGCGCAGUGCCUGGCUGUAUUUGAUGGGUGUCGUGGGAAUCACGUGCAGCUUGAUUAUAUACAGCACCUACUAUCCCAGUCACUUUAUUAUGGGAAAACACAACAGCACAGGCAACUGCUAUGCCCUAAUCAACAUCAGGUCCUGUUCCGUUGUUACAAUGCUGAUUUACAUUCAGCUCUAUAUUCAACGCUUUCGAUUCGUCACCCUUUUGCAGUCCAUGUUACAAUUUAACAAAAUCUCUGGGAGUCACAGAAAAAAAGGAACAUUUGUAUUCUAUUAUUUUACACAUCUAUCCCUACUAAUCAUUUGCAUGCUGAACUAUGCUUACGGUUACUGGACAGCAGGUGUUCGCUUGACUACAAUUCCUAUUUAUCUGCUUCAAUAUGGAUUUUCCUACCUUAUUCUCGGACAGGUGGUUGUCCUGUUUGUCUGUAUUCAACAAAUAUUACUUUCGAUUUUAAAGUACUAUAAUCAAGUACUUCUUAUAAGUGUUGAAUCAUGCAAGCAGAGUCGCGAAUUCUAUGACAACUUUUGCAAACACAACCAUGUAAUGUGGCUAAACUAUAUCGAGAUCAAUCAUUGUUUCGGUUUGAUGCUAUUGCCUGUAACCGGAUUCAUUCUGCUAAUCACCCCCUCUGGACCGUUCUAUCUGGUAUCCACCAUAUUUGAAGGACGAUUUCUUCAGAAUUGGCGAUUUGCCUUCAUGUCGUUAACUGCCAUACUUUGGAGCCUGCCAUGGAUAGUUUUGCUGGUAUUAGCAAUUGGCAGGAAUGAUGUACAGAAGGAGGUUAGUAAAUUAGUAUACUACCGUAGCAUUGUGGUUUGUUUCUAA